AUGGAAGAAGAAACUGCCACACUUGUCAUUGACAAUGGCUCUGGCAUGUGCAAUGCUGGCUUUGCUGGCGAUGAUGCCCCUAGGACCAUGUUCCCAUCAAUCGUUGGGCACCCCCAGCACCAGGGCAGUGGUGUCAUUGUGGGCAUGGGUCAGAAAGACUCCUACGUGGGUGACAAAGCCCAGAACAAGGGAGUAUCCCUGACCCUGAAGUAUCCCAUCAAGCACAGUAUUAUCACCAACUAAAAUGACAUGGAGAAGAUCUGGCAUCACGCUUUCUACAAUGAACUGCAUGUGGCCCGUGAGGAGUACCUGGUGCUUCUGACCAAGGCCCCACUGGACCCCAAAGCUAACAGAGAGAAGAUGACACAGAUAAUGUUUGAAACCUUCAUUACCCCAGCCACAUACGUAGCCAUUCAGGCAGUGCUGUCCCUUCAUGCAUCUGGACACACUACUGGCCUUGUCAUGGGCUCUGGUGAUGGGGUCACAUAUACUGUACCCAUCUACAAGGGCUGCACCCUUCCCCACCAUCUUGAGUCUGGACCUGGCUGGCCGGGACGUGGCAGCAGGGCUACAGCUUCACUUGCCGACAGGAUGCAGAAGGAGGUCACAGCCCUAGUACCCAGCACAAUGAAGAUUAAGAUCCUCGCUCCCCCUGAGUGCAAGCGCUAA